AUGGGUGGAGUAGAUGCUAAUACUAGGUUAAUGUGUGACUCGAUCCAAGCUCUAAUUCAAACCUUGGUAACCAAUCAGCAAGCCAGUCUACAACAGGCCCAGGAACAAGCCCAAGCACAGGCCCAGGCACAGGCGUUGGCACUGGCACAGGUACAGGCACAGGCACAGGCCACUGCUCAGUCCAAUGCCCCAGUAAACCCUCCACAACCUGUUAGAUGUUCAAACUGGAUAAGGGAUUUCAAGAGAUACGACCCUCGACCAUUCACUGGUUCCCUAGUAGACCCCAUAGAAGCCCAAAUGUGGAUUGCAGCGGUGGAAACCACCUUUGAGACUAUGGAGUGCCCAGAGAACCAAAAGGUUGCCUAUGCAACCUUCGUCCUACAAAAGGACGCAGAGAUAUGGUGGAGAGAUAACAAGACCCUUCUUAACCCAGAAGGGGAACCAAUGAACUGGGAACGAUUUAAGGAAGCCUUCCUUAAAGAAUAUUAUCCUAAGUCAGAGCGACUUAAAAAGCAGCAGGAGUUCGCCCACCUGGUACAGGGCAGACUCACAGUGGAGAAGUACAACCGAGAGUUUAAUAGACUCAAGAGAUUCGCACCGUCCAUGGUGGACACUGAGGAAAAGAUGACAGAGAAAUUUGUAUUGGGUUUGGUACCAAGAAUCCGCUGCAUGUUGGAGGCGUUCAACCCAAAGACCUAUGAGAAAGCCUUGAGAACUGCCAAGGCUUUAGAGAAACCAAAGGAUGAGAAACGGCGUGAAGAGCCAGUUAUAAUUGGGCAGAAGUGUCCUCAUGAAUCAGGAGGCUCUGACCGUCCACCACCAGCACAUAGGCACCGUUCCAAUAACAGACCCGCUCCUAGAUGGGAUGAGCGACGCCCUCCCCGACGUAUUGACAGGAACCCCAGGAAUCAAGAUGGGGCCAGAGGGAGGAGGAAAGGUGCACUAUCUGUGGAAGACUACACGGUGGGAGGUGCAUGGCUGGCAGCCGAGCGUGUUAUAGAUGUGGUCAAGAGGGGCACAUCGCCGUGA